AUGAGUAAAAUUGAUGAUUUACAACAAGACAUUGAGUCUUUGCUCAGUGAAAUUAAGUCACUGGAAAAAAGUCGUGAGGAGCUCAAAGUGAAUAUAAAAAAUAAAAGAAAAAAUGAGGAUAGCACAAAUCCCAUAGUACAAGAAUUUGAAGAUCUAUUUGAUCAAUUCCCACAAUUGAAUAAUUUUUUGUUUAAUGAGCAUCCAGAGUUGGAAGAGACAGACGAAAAAAAUGUAACAAAAGCACAGGCGAUUAUACCAGCAACACCAGUACCGUAUGAACCAAAAAAAAGAGUCAAGUUGGAGAAUGACGAAAUUCUGCCAGAACAAGAAUGGGUUUUGAAGACUCAGCCAAUGGUUCAGCAUCAAAUGUUUGAUUCCGAAGUGGCAGACUUAUUGGAUACCGACAUUUUAACGUCGCCUUCAAAAAGAAAGCGAAAGCUAAAAAUAGAGGACAUCGACACAAGAGAUAGAAGAAAGUUGGAAGAUUCGGUUGUCCUGGAAAAUGUUUAUAGAAUGUUUGGUAUAACUUUUUUCCCUCUUGUGGAUCCUGUUGACCUGAAAAUUAAAGAUGCUAGCGGUGAAAUCUUUGUUGAUAGAGAAAUGCUGGGAAUACGACUGGAAGUCUUUAGUGAACGAACGUCCCAAUUCGAAAAACCUCACUAUGUAUUGUUGAAAAAGAGGAUUAAAUCGAAUAGUUGGUUUCUGUUUAAACAUACUAUUCCCAAUUUUAUUGAUGUUCAAGGCAUAUUUGAUGACACUAACGGAGGACUAGUGAUAUCUCGUGAUGAUGCAUAUUUGUUUGCCAAAAGAGUGUUCCUGCAACUAGUGGAAGUACGGAAUAGGCGGCAGAUUUUCAAGGAUUUAGAAGCCAAGAAGAUAAUUCACGACCUAGAUUUAGAUUUAGAGUCUUCGAUGGUUUCAUUUUUAGUGAAGGAUGUUAAGGUCGAGUUGUUUGUAAAACAAAACGAAAUAGUUUCAUGUUCAAUAUUGGACGAUAUUCAUGAUUUUAGUCAAAAUAAUAAAAGUAAAUGGGAACUCGCAUUGCUCGGUUCGUUAGAUGAUCUGGAAUUAAAACUAAACCAUUCAUUUGCGACAAUUUUCAAGUGA